ACAUAUAGAUCUAUUAGAUAUGGUUGUGGAAAGAUAACAACUUAAAUAUGAACAAGUUUUUAAUAUUUUUUUAAUAAUUUGAAAAGUUAAAUGAUUACUAAUUCAUUGAUGAACUGUUCCAAAUGUUAUGUUCUGAUUUUGAAGUCUAUUUUAUGCAUUUUGACUUAAUUACCUCUAAAACUCCCCUUUUCAGGCUCAAACUACUAUGAACUAGACCUUCACUUUUUAUUUCAAUGAUUGACCCUUAAAGUGUUGAAUGAUGAACUCAGAGCGUAGCCUUCAUUAAGCAUAGGAUUUCUUUAAGGAAUUAACACAUGUUUUCAUCAAAGUAAUAAUUGAGAACCCUUUGUUUAUGCCUUCUAUCUACAAAUACCUUUUGGAGUAAUGCACUAGUUUUAAUCAUGCUAUUGUCAACAUAGUGUAUGAUCAAUGAUGACUAUCUCUUUGAUGCUUAUGCUUUGUAUGCUUUCCUCAUAUCCUUGGUUUAUGUGGCAUGUGUCCUUUGUAGUUCUGCUAUAACCUCUUUGGGACUGUCACGACAGUAACUGGCUGCUUUAUGAAGUUUUCUCUAUGUGACCAUGUAUUGCACUAAUGCCUUGACAUACCUUGUCAUAGUGAUGUCCACUUAGUCUAGGUCUCUUAUACACUUAGUCUAGGUCUCUUAUACACUUAGUGAUGUCCACUUAGUCUAGGUCUCUUAUGCUUUUUGUGAAGGUGUCUAAAAUGGUCUCCCCAAAAAUAAAAUGGAUUGGAGGAAGCAAUCCAAUGCUAAGAAAGAUGAACUCUUUAAAGAUGUCAUAACAGCAUUUGGAAAUCCUGGUUUUAAUAAGGAUAUUAUUCUUGAUAUUGCAUGGAAAUACAUACACUAUAAACGGGAUAAUUUAAGGUCAAAGUUGACAAAAGACUUGAGAUAUCCACGUCCAGCUUGGAUUACAGACCAAGUGACAUGGGAUGAACUCAUGAAAGAUGCCAAAUAUAAGAGGAAAGCCCACAAUAAUCCAAACUAUAUGCCAUCUACACGAGGAGGAUCUAAAAGAUGCCUUCGAGAUACAACAAAAGCAACCCAAGCUAGGGUGUCAAGUAUUGGAUCCCAUAAAUUAGGAUCUGGUGGGUAUAAUAGCAUUCAUGGUGGUUUGGUUCACCAAUUUCAAAAGGAAGCUUCAGAGGAUGACCUAAAAUAUUCUUUAUUGCAUGGUUCCCAAGGCCUACGACAACAUUUGUUAGAUCGAGGGGAGAUUUUAGUGAGUGGUCAUGAAUCUGAGGAAGCCCAACAAUUAAACUCAUCAGGUAGUGAGCAUCAAGAGGAGGUAGAGGAUCAUGAUGAAUUGUUUGUUGCACAAAAUGAUUCGAUUGUCAUUCCUGAAACUCGGCAGGAAACCAUCCUUGAAUUUCAACAAGUGGGAGACAACAAUAUUGAGGAGAGCGUUCAAUGUGAUGAACUAUCCACACCCACAAUCAAAAAGGUGCCUCGUAAAAAGAGGACACAAAGCAAGAGGAUGGAUAGAAACAAAUGAACAAAAGACAUAUUUGCUUCCUAUCAUUGUUCAGUUUUCAUUGCUAUUAUAAACCUAAUUUAUAUAUCAUCAUAUUUGUUUAAUUAA